AUGUAUUCACUAUUUGACUUACAGGCUGGUCAUAAUAUCCUGCCAUCAAAAACGCCAGUUGAAAAUGUAUUAUUGGAGGUUUCUGAGGACGACUUGAAAUUUUUAAAGUCUACUCAACCUGUCAGCCAGUCCAUAUUAACUCAGCCACAACAAGA